UCAAAUACACGUUCAACACAUAAUAUUUUUUGUGAAAAAUGCCUCUCAUUCAGGAGAAAACUUUGGUCGUAACAGCGGGUAUUCGGGAUCAACAGCGCUUAGAAGAUCUCUAUGAGACCAAGAAUACGUGGCAUUUUGGGGUGAAGGACACCCCACCACUGGAUACCCUGUUCACCAGGAACCAGGCCCAAAGGCUGUUGGUCUACAACAAACAGGAGUUUCACAUUGUGUUGGCAUACGCUGAAUUCGCCAUCCAUCCAAAUAUUCCGGUGCUUUCUAAUGAGCUAUGGUUGCAUUGGCUCAAUGCUCGUUUUUGCAUAGAACAUACCAUCACGUUGCUCAACUCAAUAUUCUUCAACUUCUUCAUCUGCAAAACAGCACAACCUGAUGCUCUUAGAUUAACUAUAUUUGAAGUCUUUUACAACGAGCACAAAGUCAACUAUGUGCUAGUGGUUAGGCCCCCGGAUGCUUUACCAGGCCAAUAUGAUGCCGUUGAAAAAUUUGGUAAGGCCUAUUACCCCAAAUACUCAAAAGUUUCCGAGCAGAAAUAUCUUCCUGCGGUCAUCAUAAUCCAAAGAAAGGAUGUAAUGCCUGUACUCUCUUUUCGAAAAGCAUUGCCCGAGGAUAAUGACGACAUAGUCGAGAUGAUAGAUUCCGAGGAUCCUGAGCUGCGAAGAAAGCAUGGUGACUUUUAUAUAGCAGAGCAUUUACUUGAGGCGGAAGGAACCAGUGAUAAUGAUAAAAUUAUAAUUGCUGAGUUUGAAGAAGAGAUUGCGGAAAAUGUCAAGGGAGCUGGCUUAAUGUGGCUAUCGGAAUCAAUAGGUAUUGAAAACCUUGUUAAAAACUUUCACUUGGAGCGUUUGGGCAAUUUGGCGCGAUAUACACAGGGAGCUAAGCAUGCCCGCGUGCUAAUUGAAGUUUUCUCUGUCGAUCAAAAAUCACACCGGGAGUUAUACACUAAAACACAAAUGGACGAAAUCUUAAGAACACGUGAAGAAACAAUUAGCAAAGACGGAAAAUUUGAAGGAAAGGCAGUUCUCUUCAGCAAGUUCAAAUACAUUUACGAUGAACUACGCAAGGGAACCUACUACAUGAAGGCGUAUAGGGAAAAACUGGAAGUUGCUUUCGAUUUGCCACCUGGCGAACAUUCGCACAGUGAAAAUCGAUUGCAGUUCUUGGGAAAGGCGUCCAAUGGAUUUCUGCUGAAAAUGUUCCAAUUGCAUCCACUGGUUCGCUUUGAGUACACAUACUUUUCAUUGUCAGCCAUGUUCAGUGCCUUUCCGGAUCACGAUUACUGUGUCACUUUAGUGCCAUCCACCGCAAACUCGAGUCCUUGCCAAAGGGAACUGCUGCGAUUCUUUUUGCCGGUUGCCCAUCGACCGAAUAGCUCCGUGGCGGAAAACGUCUUCGUGGCCCAUCGAAGUACUUUGUUUGGGGAGCUGCGAGUUCAACGCUUCGAAAGCCAGGAGCUUGAUGAAGUUAGAGCCCUGAUAAGUCCGUCGUCCAGUGGAAGAAGGACCUUUGUCGACGGCCUCGAAGCUGAUGAUGAAAAUAAAGACGAACAUGCUAAGGAGGUUCUCAGAAUUUUUGAGCAGAUCGUCGAGAGCAUCCUUGAGAAUCCCUUGACCGAUCUGAGUUGCUUUACCAUUCGAUGUGGUCAAUCCAAAAAGCACACCGACUGUCCCCUGGUGGGAUUUUUGGUUCUCUGUCCAUUUAAGGCUUAUGACGAUCUAAGCAAGGUAUUCAUGAUGCCAAGGGAUCAGUACAAUUUGACCCACAAUCGUGGAGAGAUUGUCAUGUUUCGGCUGCAUCCCUUUUUCCAAGUGUGGUGCACUACGAUUUUGCGCACGGUGGCUCUCUAUGAAAACUUCAAGGAACUGUACUACAUACACUACUACAGUGGCACUUCCCUUCCCAACGAUCUGACCUACAACAUGAUGCCCGUUGAACCGCGUCGCAUGAAGAAGAACCUAUUUAACUACAAGUGCUUCGCUUCGCACCAAAAUAGUCUUAACCAGGUUCCUCGUGCCUCCAACUUGGACAUCUGCUCCAGUCGAAUGCAUGUCUUCUGCCACAAUCUACAGCCCACCAAGUUUUUUACUGUGAAGCAUUCGGUGCUCAUCGUGGGAGUUGCGCAGGUCUGCCUCGCCUUCUUGCGUGUCGUCAUUUUUAGCUGGAACUCCAAAGACUUGCUAAAUUACAAAAAGUACAACUGCCUCCCGAUGGUGGACAUCACCGUGUUGGUUCCCCAUGGACUCGUGGAAGCGGCCUACGACUCCGAAUUUGCAUGCGGUUUCUGCGGAACCGGAAGAAACUGUUUUGUGCACAUCGGAAACCUGAAUCCCUUUGUGAGGAAUGUGCAACAUCGCAUGGAUGUAAGGCACUGGGUGCGAUUUGUUCCCGGAACCCUUAAGAGUAUAAAUAGGCAAGAAAAAGUGAUACAUUUAGAGGACGGUUGUUCCCUUCACUACGAAAAGCUCGUCCUAUUAGCUGCACCAAGAUUUGGUUUUGAGGAUAAGGUAUUCCAGGGAAAUUCGGUGCCGUUGAACUAUGUAAUCACCAGUUAUCGCCUGGACAGGAUUAUUUUCUACCGCAAGCUGACAGAGAUGACCGAAUCCGAGGAAUCUUACAACAUUAUAGUCUAUGGAUAUGGAUUGGCAGUCUACGAGUGCCUUAACUUCCUGGUCACUCAUGGGUGUAAGGCCCAGAAUAUCACUUAUGUACAGCCUCAUGUGCCUGUGGUUGUCGAGGAACAGGGAAAUCCCGAAGUGGAUGCAGGACUGGAUCCUAUCAUCCUCGAAAUGGUGGCCGAUCUUGGGAUCACGAUUUACCUGUCGACCAACUUCAGUAGUUUCGUUUUCAGCCCAAGUAAAGAGUACAUCGAAAAGGUGGAGUUCUUAUCGUUUCCCCGUAAAGAAAAGAUUGUGUUGGCGUGCGACCUCUUUGUGAACUACAAUCGGAGUUCAAUGACUACGGCAAUGGAAGUUGUUCUGGCCAAAGCAGGAAUUGAGGUGAUCGAUAGGCAGAUCGUAGUUAAUUCACGUUAUUGCACCAAUGAUCGUAAUAUAUUCGCAGCUGGUAGUUAUAUAAUCAUGCAGCCCAAGCCCAACUUCCAAUACACAGCAACAAGUCCGCAAGAAUGUGCUGAAAAAUUGGCCUACGAACUGAAUAUGGUAAAGAUUGUGAUGCAGUCGAGGUUUUCGCGUCCAUCCAUGUUCACAGGAUUGCUGCCAAUGGGCUAUCAGAUCGUAAAGUUCAUUCAGCCAAAGGCAGUGCUUAUUGGCCAACUUCCCGUAACUUAUUCAGCGGUUAUGACCACCUACGAAGAUGGAGACUUUUGUCGUAUUCGUCUGAACAAGAAGAUGAUUGUGAUUGAGAUGGUCUUCGUCACCAAAAAGCCAAAGAGACUGUACUUUAUGGAAUACUUUUGUGGAAAGCACUCUAUGCUCUUGAAUGAUUUGCACGGUCGCUUUCAAUCGGGGUGGAUUACAAACUUCUUGGAUUUCUUUCAACAACCUUGGACUGAACUUUUAAUGCACGAUCGCUUCGAAGAUUUGCAGUUGAAGAAUCGCAGACUUCUGCUCUCCAUGUUGCUGAUGAACAAUAAGGAUGCAAAUGUCGCCAGGGGAAGUUUGGAAGCCAGUCAGAGGCAGAGACUCGAAGAGAAUGUUAUCGACUUUGUAAGAACCUAUCGCAAAGAUUUCACACAUGAAUUCGCUUUGCCAGAAGAUUGGGGAGUCUUUAAUCUGUAAUUCAAAUUUACUUUAAUUUUUGUAUAUUUUAAUACGUCGAAUUAGAAGACCAAAUGAAUUCUAAAUUUACCAAAUAAUAAUAUUGAAUGAAGAUAUUUA